AUGACGCUGCUGUGGCCAGUCUGUCUGCUGGCCUGCUCUCUGGUCCUCGUCCCGGCGCCUGUCAGAGCCUGUCCAGCAGGGCAGUUCACCUGCGCUCAGGGAUCCUGUGUGCCUGAGGACAGUGUGUGCGAUUUCACUAACAGCUGUGAGGAUGGCAGCGAUGAGGAGGACUGUUCAAGGUUUAAGCGCUGUGACUUUGAGGAGGGCCUCUGUGACCUGACCCAGAGCCCAGAGACUCAGUCUGAAUGGACCAGAGCAUGUGCCGUCCCGGGACUCCAACACGACCACGCCAACAAUCAGUCAGCAUAUUUCCUGUCCCUUUUGCCUGAUGGAGGAAGAAGAACUGUGGCAGAACUGAAGAGUCCCGUCUUCCUGCCUUCUCACACCUGCCGGGUGAGCUUCUACCACCAUGUUGGGGGAAAACAUGGAGAUCUUCAGGUCCUAAUUCGAACUCAACCUUUGGGUCUGGACACAGUGGUGUGGAAACACUUCCAACCACAAACGGAAACAUGGCAACGGACUGUGAUUCAGUUCACCAGUGAGCACCAGUUUCAGGUUGUGUUUCGAGGGGAGCUAUCUGCUGACAGUGAGUCCUCUGAGGUCCUGGCCAUCGAUGACCUAUCUUUCAACCACGGCUGUGUGACUGCACCCGGUACUGCCACCAUUAAUAACACCUCACCCAGUAUGCCCACUCCUCCUGGCUGCCCCCCCUCGUGGUUCGCCUGUGGCAGUGGGGAUUGUAUAGAGGAGUGCAAAGUGUGUGACUUCACCCCUCACUGUCCCCAUGGAGAGGACGAAGCCAGCUGCCCGUCUGAAUGUGACUUUGAGGGCGGUUCUUGCGGCUGGUAUGAGUUCACCCUCGGGGAUGGCUUUGACUGGGUCAGGGGUUCGUCUGUCGAAGUUCGUCCAGACUAUCAGGGCCGCCCGCCGCCCCUUGACCACUCCACUAACAGCACCAAAGGACAUGUUAUGUUUGUGCUGAAGAACAGCAGCAGCCUUUACCCCAGGGCUGUGCUACGAGGACCCCAGUUCAAGCAGUCAGCCUCUGGGUGCACCAUGACCUUCUGGCAUUACAACGCUGGUAUAUCUGUGGGCGCCGCUGACAUGUACCUUCGCAUCGCUGGAGAUGAGAACAACACCAUAAUAUGGAGAACGUUUUACAACCAAGGAACCAGUUGGAAUCGGGUCACCGUGCAGCUGGGGCGCAUCACCCAGCCAUUCCAGAUCUCACUGGCUAAACUGAGCCUCGGGGUGUUUGAUGGGGUCUCCGCCCUGGACGACAUCAGCUUCCACAACUGCUCGAUGCCCCCAGCGGUGAAGGACUGCCCCCAGCACACACACUUCCACUGCCUGCGCAGCAAGGCGUGUGUGGAGCACCUGCAGCUGUGUGACCUGGUGGAUGACUGUGGUGACGGAUCAGAUGAGGAAGGAUGCUCUCCAGAGAUGCAGUGUAACUUUGAGCGCGGGUUGUGCAGCUGGACACAGGAGCGGAGCGGAGGAGAUGUGUUUGACUGGACCCUCAUCCAAGGCCCGACUCCCACCAUCAACACCGGCCCCUGGAGAGACCACACACUGGGCACCAAGUUUGGUCACUACCUCUUCAUCGAGUCGUCCGCCCCGCAGCAGUUCAAGGACACGGCUGUGCUGCUGAGCCGAGCCUUCCAGCCCACCCUCCGGCUGGGCAAGGGCCCGUCCAGGACCCGCCACCCCUGUGUUUUCCGCUUUCAUUACCACAUGUUUGGCUCCCACGUGUUCUGCCUGGCCGUGUACCUCCGGACCACCACGACAGGCCGGGGUCAGAUGCUGUGGGUGCGUUAUGGAGACCAAGGCAACCUGUGGCACAGGAAGACGCUCUACCUCAACAGUGCUCGACCCUUUCAGAUUUUAAUCGAGGGUACUGUUGGAGACGAUUUCAAUGGGGACAUUGCCAUUGAUGACCUAUCAUUCUUGGACUGCGUCCCGUAUGAAGGUGAACUCCCUUCAGUGAAUCCCACAACGCCCAUAAUACCCACUGUGGCGCCCACGGUCCAGCCCCACAGCUGCCCUGACGGCCAGUUUGCCUGUGUGGCACACGGGGAGUGUGUUCAGCAGAGCAAAGUGUGUGACUUCAGACAUGAUUGUUCUGACGGCUCAGAUGAAACAAACUGUGUGAAGGAGCUGUGUGAUUUUGAGGGUGGUGACACGUGUGGCUGGAAGAGGGUCGACUCCUCCUCUUUGCCCAUCCAUGAGUUUCGCUGGUUGCCUGACCAAGGGGAAACCAUUCACAAUGGAGAGGAGGAGUACCACCGUCCCACUAAUGACCACACCCUAGGCAGCCCUGUGGGUUGGUACAUGUGUGCAGACAGUUCAAAUGGUGGCUAUGGUCAUAUCACUGACCUCCAGACACCUGUCAUCUCCUCCACUGGGCCACAGUGCACUCUGGUCUUCUGGUACCACAUGAGCGGAUUCACUGUGGGCACGCUGCAGGUGUGGCUGAAGCAUGGAAACAUCACUCACAAGGUGUGGUCUCAGACCGGUAGUCAAGGCAACAGAUGGAGACGUGGAGAAGUAUUUUUAGGGAUAUCAAAUAACAUUCAGGUUGUGUUCAGGGCUAAGCGCGGAAUCAGCUACAUGGGCGAUGUGGUGGUGGAUGAUGUCCACUUCCAGGACUGUGCCCCACCACUGACCUCAGACCAGCCAUGCAGACCUGAGGAGUAUGCCUGCUCCAACGGCCACUGCAUCCCCCAGGACAACCUGUGUGACUUCAUCAACCACUGUGGGGACAACUCCGACGAGGACGCCUACAUCUGCAAGGGCUUUAGCGGACGCUGCAACUUUGAAUUCGACCUGUGUUCCUGGCGCCAGAGUCGGCAGGAUGACUUUGAUUGGCUGAUCAAAGCGGGCAGCACUCCCACAGUUGGCACCGGGCCGGCGAGUGAUCACACCCUGCGAGACCCCUCGGGACAUUACCUCUACCUGGAGAGCUCUUUCCCUCAAGCAGCUGGAGAUGCUGCACAGAUACUGGGACCCCAGCUAAGCUACAGGAGCACAGAGUGCAAGAUGCGUUUCUACUUCCACAUGUCCGGUGAAGGCAUCGGGAUCCUCAAUGUGUUCAAGAGGAGCAGCGAUGAGCUCAGUCUCCUGCUCAACCUCACCGGAGACCAGGGCAACUACUGGCAGAUGAGGGAGAUCCCGCUGAGCUCCGCCCGGGACUUCCAGGUCAUGUUUGAGGGCAAGGUGGGCCGAAGUCCCAAGGGUGACAUCUGCUUGGAUGACAUCACCUUCUCCCCUGGGUGUCUGCUCGCCACCUCAGCUACAACACAGGAGAACACCCCUCCACCUCUGGCAGGUUCCUGUCCCUCAGGCUUCCUGCCGUGCGCAAACGGCCGGUGCUUCACUUCAGAGCAGAGCUGCGACUUCACCGAUGACUGUGGCGAUGGCACCGACGAAAAGGACUGCGGGACUUCCUGUUCCUUUGAGAACGGUCGCUGUGGCUGGAAAAGCUCCCUGGCAGAUAAUUUUGAUUGGACAUUAGGCACCGGAUCCGUCCACAAUGUUCGACCUCCGUUUGAUCACACUUUGCAGAAUGAAAAUGGCCAUUUUGUCUAUCUGGCGGCUACACCAGUAGGACUAAGAGGUGAUAAAGCUCAUAUUAAGAGCUCUGUGUGGAAGGAGUCAAGCGCCAUCUGCAAACUCUCCUUCUGGUACUACAUUUCCCACACGGCCUCAGGGACCAUCCGUCUUCUGAUCAAGACAGAGAAUGACCUGUGGGAAGUGUGGAACAAGAAGGGGCAUCAAGGGAAUAGAUGGAACCGAGCCGAGAUCCCCCUGAGGAAGCUGAGGAACUUUGAGGUGAUUUUCGAGGGGAUCCGCUCGAUGGACGUGAGCGGAGGCGCCGCCCUGGAUGACCUGGAGUUCAUAAACUGUGCCCCUAGUGCUGUGGUUCCAGGGAGUUGUCCUGCAGUCACAGACUUUGUGUGCCAGAGUGGCCAGUGCAUCGAGUCCCACCUGGUGUGUGACAACAAGGCCGACUGCGCUGAUGAAUCUGACGAGAUAGACUGCAGCCACACAGUGAGCUUGCCAGGUGCCUGUGACUUCAACAUGCCGGAGGACCAAUGGGAAGAGACCUGCCAGCUUUCUCAAGACACUGACGAUGACUGUGAUUGGAGGAUAGCUCGGGCGGGUGAGACUCCAGGAACUGGACCCCACAGCGACCACAGCCCAGGCGGUGGGGGGGGCUUCCUGUAUCUGUACUCUGCUAUUCAGAGGGAGGGUGACGUUGCCAAGGUGACAACCAAGAGACCUUUCCCAGCCAGCAUCGGCCUGUGCCACCUGCACUUCUGGUUUUACAUGCACGGCUCUGACAGGAUUGGCACACUAAAGGUCUACACCGUUGGACCCAGCGGCACCAGUCUGCUGAUGUGGGCAGCCAGCGGAAACCAUGGCAACCAGUGGACAUAUGCUAAUGUCAUCCUGUCGAACACAGCACCUUUCAGGGUGACCUUCCAGGCAGAAGUGGGGGGAGACAUGUGGACGGACAUCGCUCUGGACGACGUCUCCUACACCGCAGAGUGUAUAGUCGGAGGUCCAGUGACCCCACAGCCUCUGACGUGCGGUGUGUACCAGUACCAGUGUCUGUACUCCUUCCAGUGUGUCCCACUGAGCUGGCGGUGUGACGGGGAGCCCGACUGUGCCGACCACUCCGAUGAAGAGUACUGUCCGACCGCGGUACCUGGCACCCUUCCUCCUCAGGGCCUCUGUCACCCUGACCAGUACCAGUGUUCAGACAACCGUUGCCUCCCCUCCAUUUUGCGUUGCGACGGCGUCCCUGACUGCGUCAAGGGAGAGGAUGAGUACAGAUGUCCUCUGCUGCAGUGUGAGCUGGGUGAACUGGUGUGUGAAGGGUCUUCUGCUUGUAUCCCGCUCUGGAAGCGUUGUGACCACUCCGCCGACUGCCCGCCUUUCCAGUCAGACGAGUCCAGCUGCCAUGAAUGUCCUCCGAUGUACUGCCUGGAUCAUGGCUCAUGCUUCGUGAACAGACACGGGCCCAGCUGCAUGUGCUAUCCCGGAUGGACCGGCAACCGUUGCCAUGUGCGGGAGAAGCCAUCACCCUCCACCCUGUCACCCCACCUAGAGGACACACAGCUGGAUGCUGUCUACGCCGGCAUCGCCAUAGGGCUGGUCCUGCUGGUCGCUGGAAUCGCUGUCUGCACUUUGUAUUUAUACACAAAGAAAUGCAACUUUAUAAAGCGCGGCCCGAUGGACUAUGGGGUGAUGGAUGACGCGUCGUCUGACCGGAGAGCAGAGAUCCCAUCUCUGGAUGAAAGGGCCAGCACUUGCCCCGGUGUUAACCCCGGGAGGAGUGAUGCUGCUGGGCUUCCCAUCAGCGUCUAUCCCUGGAGGAGGGACGUGGAGAGUUCACCCUGGAAAGAUUCCAAGCUGUCCUUUGCCAACCCCUUGUACCAUUAUCCCCCUGAUGCUAAUGGAGCUGACUGUCACAGCUCUAAAGCAUGA